AUGUCCGCUCCCUCCAAACGCCGACGGGCUGUUUUGGCCUGCAAUUCUUGUCGUCACCGUAAAUCCAGAUGCGACGGUGGCCGGCCUUGUGCCCAAUGUAAAGAGCUGGGAUGCGAGUGUCUGUACCAGAAUGUUGGCCCCUCAUGCAAUCUGACGGUUGAAAAAAGCUACUUGGCUCGGCUGGAACAUCGCCUUCAAGAGGUAGAGGCGUCCCUCCGCAGGUUGGAAAACAACCAGAGGAACGGUCUCAGUUCCGGCUCUUCAGAGCCCGUUCAAGCCUCCGAUGCGAGGAAUCACAAUCAUAUUCUGAAUGAUGCAGUGUCACUACUAACGCCUCCUAAAUCAGAGGUACCGACGCGCGCCAAUAACUUCACUCAUGACAGAGCUGAGUAUGGUGAGAUCGAUGUGUCUGAGCACCCAAUCGAUGGUAUGGGCGCUAUCAACUUCACCGACGAGGAGGAUUGUGGUUUCUUCGGACCGUCAUCCAAUAUCGCAUUUCUACGCCACAUCUCCCGUGCCAUUGCGCGAGGAAAUGCACACACCCCGGCUGUGCCCUCGCUGUCAUCUCCAGGUCAAACAGGCGGAGGCAUGUUGAACGUCUCGAGAUCGCGUCCGUCCGAGGAUUCACGGAGCAGAGAGCAGGCACUCAGUAAGAAUGAGGUGAACAUUUUUGCUCUUCCAUCAGAAGAUCGCACUUGGAGCUUGAUACAGAUCUAUUUUGAAAAGACAGGUCAGCUACUACCCUUUAUACACGAGGCAUCAUUCUGUGAGACAUAUUUUCGCAUGCGAGCCGAUAACUUCAAGCGAGUGCGCCGGACGUGGCUUGGCUUACUGAAUAUUGUUCUCGCGAUUUCGACAAGCCUUCACACAGAAGGUGAUCUACCCGCAGGAAGAAGAAUCGAGGAAUCCGAUGUUUACUACCAAAGAGCAAAUGGACUCUGUGACCGGGAUUCAAAGCGCAACGCAACCUUAGAGAUGGUCCAAUAUUUAUUGGUUCUAGGCCAAUACCUUCAAGGAACUCAAAAGUCGGUACAGGCGUGGACCACGCAUGGACUGGCUAUUUCAGCUGCUUUCCAGCUUGGCUUGCAUUCUCCCGAGGCCAACCGGCGCUUCUCCCCCUUGGACAGUGAAAUCCGAAAGAGGACCUGGUAUGGUUGUAUUUUGCUUGACAGGACUUUGAGCAUGACCUUUGGCCGGCCAUGUACAAUUCCGGAAUCUUAUGUAAAAUUAGAGCUGCCUCUGCAAGACAUGCAAGUGCUAAGCAGUACCCCCAAAAAAGAAACUUGCCAACACCUAGAUGGCUGGUUCUUUACGGCUGCUAUUAAAUUGUACGUCGUCAUGUUCAAUGUUCUCGAUACCUGUUACUGUCAGAAUCUGGGCUUUGAACACCCUCUCACGACGGCAAAUGCCAUUUCCCAAAUACUCGAUGGCGAGCGCCAGCUCGAGGAAUGGCGGUUCCAAAUCGUGCCCGCCCUCGGAAUUCGACUCUGGCAUGAGCCUUUGCUAGCCGAUGAUCUAGCACAAAUGGACCAUGAGUCGACUAUCCGGCACCGAUUUGGAAUUGUGUUAUCUGUGCGAUAUCACAAUUUGCGCAUUCUUCUCUAUCGCAAGUUCCUUGAGGGUUACUUGGAUUCGUAUGGCAUCAAUGAGUCUACUUCUCAGGAUAACAAGUUGAUUCAGCAGAUGGGCUUCACAGGCGUGCAGAACUGCAUCGAAUCCGCCCAGUCAAUUAUCUCCACUGUGCACACCAUCACCUCCUCGACUGGUUGGCGUCGCGGACUGCUCGGUGCCUGGAACUAUUCUCUCUAUUACACUUUCAACGCCGGACUCGUUAUCUUCGGUGCGCUCCUUGUGGCUUCAAAAGAGCGACUAAAUUAUCCAGAGCAAUGGAGCUCGGUGGAGCUAUAUCGACCCUACCUUGAUCUAGCCGCCGACGCUUUACGCCGUUUGGAUUCGGGUAACCCGGUGAUUGAGCGCUGUGUCGAGUACCUGUCGCAGCUUUCGAUGAUUCUCAAAGCAGCCAAGAACGCAGCAUUGAGCGAGCCCCUCAAUCUUCAAAUCGGGCCCGCUCUGCAGGCUCCGAUGUCCUCGACAGAAUUUGCAUCGCCACAGCCUGCAAAUCACCCCAUGUGGUCCAACAUGGACCUUGGCGAGUUCAUGAUGGACAAUGACCUGGACCUUUUGGGUCGAAUGUUCAACUUCAAUCAAGCACAUGAUGCAGGUAUUUAG